CCUUGUCCUCUCAUAUACUAUUUUCUCUUCUUAAUUAAUAAUAUUCUAUCAGAAAAAUAAAAUUAUUUAUAUAGUUAUAAUAUAGUGGUGAAAGAGUUUAGUUGCUUUUGUCUUUUUAGGCUUGUGUGUGUUAGGUUCUAAUUAGAAGUUGACAUUGACUUGAUUUGAGGGCUAGUUUUUAAUGUUACCUGUUAGUUUGAGGUUAAUGCCUUUGGAAGGGUUUGCAAUAAUCUCCUUUGGAAUUAGUGAAUAUAAACAUGAAUAACAACUCUAAUCUCUUGUCUGGAGACUGUAUUUCCAUGUUUCUUUUUCCUCUUCUCUCUUUUCAUAUUUUCCUUUCAUUUUCUCUCUGUUCUAUUCUCCUAGGUGCUUUACAGAAAAGACUACUUUCUGGUGUUUUACUUUAAACUACAUUUAUGCAGUUAAUGAUGUCUCUAAACCCUCAUUCCCUUCUUUGUUGCUUCAAUUCACAACCAUUUUCAAUUUUUAAUGCACUGGACCAGCACCCCAAUCCUUCCUCAACCUGCUUGAGUUUUGAAACAUCCUGCAAAACUUGCACAUACGGCAUGCCACACUCUGUUCUCUCAACCAUUUGCACUAGAGCUCGAGUCUUGACUACAGUACACUGUAGGCAUUUUUGUAUUUCAUUCAUGUUUUAACUUUUGUCCCCCAUGCAGGCAUGGAUAUCCAGUGUUUUGUAGGCUGCAACAGUAACAUUUUGUAAAUGUGCCACUCCUCCGCCUACUCUACUUCCCAAGUAUAAAGGAAGGAAUAGAAAAGAAAAAGAAACACAUGAUUGAAGAGCAAAGACGAUUAGAUUCAUCCUUUGAUAGUUAAUUUGUGGUAUAUGCUUUUUAGAUACUGCUGAGCUAUUACAACCACAGUAAUCAGUUAGUAAGAAAAUGUUGCAAGUUAUUGAUCAUAAUUGUUGUUUCACUGUUCCCAUGUUGAGUAAUUUGGCUUUGGGUGAAUACUUUCUGAUAAUUAAAUGGCUGGGUUCAGGUUAUGGGGAUACUCGUUCACCAACUGUGGCGUCUAGUAGGUCAUGGAAGUCUGUGGAAAUGGAGAUUCAAUCAUUGCUUGAGAAGCUACUAGACAUAAAUGAUGCCAUGAGUCGAUGUGCUGCAUCUGCUGCACCUACUACUUCAGUUACCCAAAAGCUGGCAAGGCAUAGGGACAUACUUCAUGAGUUUACCCAGGAAUUUAGACGAACCAAGGGGAACAUAAACUCAAUGAGGGAACAUGCAGAGCUUCUCACUUCUGUAAGAGAUGAUAUCAGUGAGUAUAAGGCCUCCGGAAGUAUGUCUCCAAGAAUGCAGUUACUUCGGGAGAGAGCUGCCAUACAUGGAAGCAUAGCUCAUGUAAAACUGAACUUGCUUUUUGAUAGCAUAUCUCUGUUCCAUAUUCUUUUGCAAAAUAUAUACCCCAAUAUAGAUGAUGUGAUUAGUCAAGCUCAAACAACAAGAGCAGCCUUGGGCUCCCAAAGGUCCUUGUUUGGUGAUGUUCAAGGAAAAGUGAAGCUAUUAAGUGACAAAUUUCCUAUUAUUCGUGGUCUAAUUGGUAUUAUUCUGAAGCCAUUUCUGCUACUGCAUUUCGUUCUUUUAACUCACUUCCCAGUCGGUUCGAUCCGAAGGAAGCGCUCAAGAGAUACACUUAUCCUAUCUGCAGUCAUCGCGGCGUGUACAUUGUUUCUUAUUAUCUAUUGGCUUUCGAAGUAA